CAAGAUGGCGGCGGCCAUGCCGCCUCCCGCCGCCGCCGCCGUUCCCGCCGCCGCCGCCUCUUCCCGCCUUUUUUAAGCGCCUCGCUGCCUACGGGGUUUCCCCGAGCCCUUCCCCGUGAGGGCGCGGCCAUGGACGGCCCGGGCUCGGCGGCGGCGGCGGGGCCCGGCGCCAGCAACGUGCCCGCCUUCCUCACCAAACUCUGGACGUUGGUGGAAGAUCCCGACACGGAUUCCUUGAUUUGUUGGAGCCCCAGCGGGAGCAGCUUCCACGUCUUCGACCAGGGUCAGUUUUCCAAGGAAGUUCUUCCCAAAUAUUUCAAACACAACAACAUGGCCAGCUUCGUCCGGCAGCUCAACAUGUACGGAUUCCGGAAGGUUGUGCACCUGGAGCAGGGCGGGCUGGUGAAGCCGGAGCGGGACGAUACGGAAUUCCAACAUCCCUUUUUCCUGCGGGGGCAGGAGCAGCUCCUGGAAAACAUCAAACGCAAAGUGACCAGCGUUUCUGGGCUGAAGGGAGAGGAGGUUCGGGUGCGGCAGGACAGCGUGGCGCGGCUCCUGGCCGACAUGCAGGCCAUGAGGGGGAAGCAGGACAGCCUCGACUCGCGCUUGCUCGCCAUGAAACAUGAGAACGAGGCUCUGUGGCGGGAAGUUGCCGGCCUGCGCCAGAAGCACGCCCAGCAGCAGAAAGUCGUCAACAAGCUGAUCCAGUUCCUGAUCUCCCUGGUUCAAUCCAAUCGAAUCCUGGGCGUCAAGAGGAAAAUCCCCCUGAUGCUGAACGACGGCGGCGCCGCUCAUUCCGUGCCCAAGUACAGCCGGCAAUAUUCCCUGGAGCACCACGGGAAUUCCGCCUACACCGCUCCGGCUCCGGCUCUGGGCGUUCCCGGGCGUUUCCCGGCGGAUCCGGGCGGCUCCGGGCCCCGGAUCGCGGAUGUGACGGAGCUGCCGCCCUCCAGCCCCGAGGGAUCCCCCGGACACAGCCCCGGACACAGCCCCCCCAUCCGCAUCAAGGAGGAGCCUCCCAGCCCCACCCGGAGCCCGCGGCCGGAGGAGCCCCGGAACUCCGGGAAUUCCGGGAAUUCCGGGAAUUCCGAGACCCCCCUGUCCCCCUCCACCUUCAUCGACUCCAUCCUGCGGGAAAACGACUCCGGAGCCGCUCCCGGGAAUCCCCAAUCCCAGGAAAAGUGCCUGAGCCUCGCCUGCCUCGACAACAGGGCGGAGCUGAGCGAGCACCUGGACACGAUCGACUCCGGCCUGGAGAAUCUGCAGGCGCUGCUCAGCACCCACGGCUUCAGCAUGGACAGCGCCCUGCUGGACCUCUUCAGCCCUUCCGUGGCGGUUCCGGACGUGACCCUGCCGGACCUGGACAGCAGCUUGGCCAGCAUCCAGGAUCUCCUCUCGUCCCAGGAGCAGCAGAAGCCGGCGGAGGCCGAGCCGGGCGCGGGGGAUUCCGGGAAGCAGUUGGUUCCCUGCACGGUCCAGCCCCUUUUCCUGGUGGAUUCCAGCGCCGUCGACGUCGGAUCCGGGGAUCUUCCCAUCUUCUUCGAGCUGGGGGAGGGGCCCUGCUUCCCGGACGGGGACGAGUAUCCCGAGGAAUAUCCCGAGGAAUAUCCCGAGGAAUAUCCCGAGGAAUAUCCCGAGGAUCCCGCGCUGCUCCCGCGGCCGCCCACGCCCCGGGACCCGGCCGUGUCCUAAAAAAAAUAAUCCGGGAUCGAGGACAAGGGAUUGGAUCCCCGGGAAAAGAAGAAAUCCUGGGAGAAAAAAAAGGAUUCCCGGGAAAAAAAAAAUCCUGGGAAAAAAAUCCUGGGAAAAAAAGGAUUCCCGGGAAAAGGAAGGAUUUGGGAAAAGGAUUCCCGGGAAAAGGAAGGAUUUGGGGAAAGGAUUCCCGGGAAAAGGAAGGAUUUGGGAAAAGGAUUCCCGGGAAAAGGGAAGGAAACUUCGCACAAAAUCCCGGAGGCGCCGCUCUCCCGGCUCGGAGCGGAAUUCCGGGGAAUCCUGGGGGAUCUUGGAGCAUUCCCGGAGAUCUUGGAGAGUCACGAGGGAUUUCGGAGGAUUCCGGGAAAUCUUGGAGGUUUCCGGAAUGUUCUGGGGCAUUCCAGAGGAUUCCAGGAAGUCCUGGAGGGUCCUGGAGGAUUCCAGAGGAUCCCAGAAUGUCACGAGGGAUUCCAGAGGAUUCCGGGGAGUCCUGGAGGUUUCCGGAACGUUCUGGGGCAUUCCUGAGGAUCCCAGAAAAUCCUGGAGGAUCCCAGAGGAUUCCAGAAAAUUCUAGAGGGUCCUGGAGGAUCCCAGAGGAUCCCAGGGGAUCCCAGAAUGUCACGAGGGAUUCCUGAGGAUUCCAGGAAGUCCUGGAGGAUUCCAGAGGAUCCCAGAAAAUCCUGGAGGGUUCCAGAACAUUGUGGGGGAUUCCAGAGGAUCCUGGAAAAUCCCCAAGGAUCCCAGAGUAUCAACGAGGGAUUCCAGGGGAUUCCAGAAAAUCCUGGAGAAUCCCAGAGGAUUCCAGAAAAUCCCAGAGGAUUCCUGAAAGUCCUGGAAAAUUCCAGAGGAUCCCAGAAAAUCCUGGCUGAUCCCAGAGGAUCCCUCAGUUCCUGAGGUGUUCCCA